AUGGCGCAUCCAAUCUACGUGAGACGAGACUCCAGCAUCCCCACCUAUGGGCUCCGUCAGUCCAUCCUACUGAACACCAGGCUUCAGGACUGCUAUGUGGACUCACCGGCUCUCACCAACAUCUGGACGGCCAGAAUGUGUGCAAAGCAGAACAUCAGGACCCCAGCACCAGGUAGCACCUCUUCUUGGGAAGUUGUAAAGAAUCCGUUAAUUGCCAGUUCUUUCUCCCUGAUUAAGCUGGUGCUCAGGCGACAACUUAAGAAUAAGUGUUGCCCAGGACCACGCAAGUUUGAAGAAAAGCCCCCGAAGGGAUUAAAACCCAAGGACAAUUCAGCAACAAAAGCCAUGCAUCCGUGCGGGAUAAGAAACUCCAUCAGUUCCAAGGGCAAACGGCCAGUGGGGCAGCACUCAGGCUCACCGAGGCUCAGGAGGUCUGCAGGAGGCGUCAACAAGAGUAAAGAAAGUUCAAAGGAGAAAAAAGUAACAGUCCGCCAAGAUCUUGAGAAGAGAUAUGCCGAACAUGUGGCUGCCACCCAAGCAUUACCCCGGAACAUUGGGACAGCGGCCUGGAAGGGCCAAGCGUUGCUUCCUGAAACCAGACAGAGACAGCAGUUGUCCGAGGACAAGCUGACCAUCCACGGCCUCUCCACAGAGGGUUACAGGGCUCUGUACCACUCUGUGGUUGAGCCGAUGCUAUGGAAUCCUUCAGGGACCCCCAAGAGGUACAGCUUGGAGCUGGGCAAGGCCAUCAAACAAAAGCUCUGGGAGGCUCUGUACAGCCAGGCCGCCAGUCCUGGAGGUGCUCAGGACCCAGUGCCUGGCAGGAGGCAGCUGGAGGUCCAUGAGGAGCCUGUGCCCAAGAAAUGGCCCAAGUUAAAGAGAGAGAAAUGGAACUGGAGCUCACGGGCUUAGGAUAUUCUCUGCUAGAUGUCUGAAAAAUAAACACCACUUUGCACCUUCCA